AAAAAAAAAAAAAAAAAAAAAAAGAACAGCCCCGAGUCCUUCGACCAUGGCGCCAAACAAGACACUCGUCUUCAAGAAGAUCCCCACCGGGGCGCCCGUGCCAGGCGAGCACCUAGCCGUCGAAGACCACCCCACCGACAUCGACACCCCUCCCAAGGGCGGCCUCGUGCUCGAGGUCCUCUACGCUUCCUUCGACCCGUACCUGCGCGGCAAGAUGCGCGACCCGUCCAUCAAGUCCUACGCGCCCGCCUUCGAAAUCGGCGACCCCAUCGUGAACGGCGUCGCGGCCACCGUGCGCAAGAGCGACAACCCCGACUAUGUCGAGGGCGACACCGUGGUCGCCAUGGCGCCCAUCGCGCAGUACGCCCGCGUCGAGGACCCCCAGGCCGCCCAGGUACAGAAGAUCCACAACCCGCACGGGCUCGACCUCGCCCUCUUCCUCGGGCCCCUGGGCAUGCCGGGCCUCACGGCCUGGUCGGCGCUGUACAAGAUCGGCAAGCCCAAGAAGGGCGAGACCAUUUUCGUUAGCUCCGCCGCCGGUGCUGUGGGUCAGGUCGUCGGCCAGGUCGCCAAGCGCGAGGGUUUGACCGUCAUCGGCUCGGUCGGGUCGGAUGCCAAGCUCGACUUUAUUACCAAGGAGCUGGGUUUCGAUGCGGGCUUCAAUUAUAAGAAGGAGAGUCCGUUUGAUGCGCUCAAGAGGUUGGCUCCGAAUGGGAUUGAUAUCUAUUUUGAAAAUGUCGGCGGUGAGCACCUCGAAGCGGCGCUGGAGAAUAUGAAUAUGCAUGGUCGAAUCCCUAUUUGCGGAAUGAUCUCCGACUACAAUAAGCCAAGGGAGGAGCAGAGGGGAGUCAGGGGUCUCCUGGCGACCAUCAGGAGCAACAUCACUUUGGAGGGCUUCCUCGUCUUCCAGCCGGAGUUCGGCCCCGCCUACACCAAGGAGCACCAGGAAAAGCUGCAGCAGUGGAUUUCCAAUGGCUCGGUCAAGGCGAAGCUGCAUGUCACCGAGGGUAUUGACAACGCCGCUGAGGGACUCGUCGGGCUGUUGGAAGGCAAGAACUUUGGCAAGGCGGUCCUCAAGGUGAAAUGAGCGUUGUCGUCUUUCACUUCAUGUAAUGAAUUAGUUAGUUAAUUAAUGAUCAAGGAAGCGUCCGUGAUGCAGGUCAUGACUGGCACUUACUGUCUCCUGACUGCCGUACUUGGCCAUUGGAAGGCCCAGCGGACCGGUCUUGUUGGACUUGCUUCCGCCAAAGUCCGGAAGGGGCUAACCUUCGUUCCAGA